GGAAGAGCAUCUUCAAGACUCGUUUUUGACUCCGCACUGAUUACUUCAUUUAAUCAUUUUAUAUCUACAUGUCGAAUAAUAGCUAUUUGUUACAAUAUUUAAUUGUAUCUAGUUUUAUUGCUUCGAGGUCUGUUACGUGAAUAUUUAACGUAAACUUCACAAGAGCAGACGGUCUCAUAAAUCUUUUUUUUUUUUUUGCUUGAUACGACGUGCUGUCGACAAGAUGCCGCACGGAUACAUUUCGUAGUUGUGAAUUUCGCAGUUUUCUUAUCCUCCGGAAGUGGCGGUCAGUUUGGUGUAUCACCAGUAACUUCAGUUUAAAAGGCUCGAAUACUGUGUCCAAGCUUUGGAAGAACAAGCAAAUGGAGACCCACAACUGCUGAGCUGUCGGUUCCCCCUCCCUCUUUUCCUCUCCUCCAGUUCCAACUCUUCCUCUCCUUUUUACCUUCUCCCUCUCACUGAGAGCAGGAGAUGAGCUCAGAGGAAAAAAGUUCCACUAUGUCCCAGAAGAUCUCCUCUCCAUCUCACAGCAAUAGCAGUUCCUCCUCCAAACAUGACAGCAGACAGGACAGCUGGGAGAUUGUGGAGGGUUUGCGUGGUGGUCUUUCCAAUGUUCAGGAGCCAGAGAAGCAGGCUGGCUACAUGCUGAAGAAGAGAAAGUGGCCAAUGAAAGGUUGGCACAAGAGAUUCUUCUACUUGGACAAGGGCAUUUUGAAGUACGCCAAAUGCGCAGCUGAUGUCGAGAAAGGCAAGCUCCACGGCUGCAUUGAUGUGGGGCUGUCCGUCAUGGCCAUUAAGAAGAAAGCCAAGUGCAUUGAUCUGGACGCUGAAGAAAACAUUUAUCACCUGAAGAUCAAGUCCCAGGAGCUGUUUGAUGAAUGGGUCUCUAAGCUGCGUCACCACAGACUUUACAGGCAGAAUGAGAUCGCCAUGUUCCCUCAUGAGAAAACGCUCUUCCACCCUCAUUACCCCCUCACCUCCUCCCCCACGAUACCUGACAGUCAGUCCAUCAGAAAGCGUGCCUCUCCUGCAAAGCAGUCCUCUCUCCACUCGCCGGUAUCUUUUACCAGUCAGGCCAAGGUGACCGCCUGGCUCCAGUCUUCUGAUGACAUGGACAGGUGCACCAAAGAACUCUCAGUAUGUGAGGCUCAGCUGCUGGAACUGAAUCACUUGUUAAGAAGUAUGGAGGUGUUACACCGCACCUGCUCCGCCCCAGCCAUCAACGCUCUGCAGGCUUCAACGUACGACAGCCCAAAAAAAGAGAAGAGACAUCCCAGAAAAUGGCGUCCCAAGAAUUAUGGGAAAGACAACAAAACAACCCUGCAGGUUCCAAGCUGUAUCUCAGCAGGCUCUAUCCGUCUCCAUGCAUCCAAUCCCAACCUUUCUUCAGUAGACCUGACCAAUGAGAAGACUUACCAUGAACCUCUAGACUCGCCUAUAGAUGUAUCCAAACUGCAGGAAGACUUCUGCCGUGUCGCAAACAACCUUCAUACAACCAUGAAAUCAGCCCUGUGCAUGUUGACGACAGAGAAAGAGAGACUUAAACAGAUGCUGGAGCACGAGUCUUGUCCUACCCCCUCGGCCCAGGUCCUGGGAAUGAAGAAUGCCUUGGCUGCUGCUGUAACACAGAACACUGAGCUGCGAGAGCGUCUGUGCAAGAUUCACGCUGAGUCGCACAUCUCUGAGCCCUCUGUCCAUAUAAACCUCAGCCCUGGCCCCCUGCAGAAGCAAGACUCCAGUGAUGGUUCCCGUCCUCUUGUCCACCAGGUGUCUAAUGAGAGCAGAGCUUCCAUUACAGAGUCUCUAUCGGAGUUCUUUGAUGCGCAGGAAGUGCUGCUGUCAGCUAGCUCUUCAGAAAAUGAGCCUUCGGAAGAUGACUCAUAUAUCAGUGACAUCAGUGACAACGUGUCUAUGGAGAACUUCAGCAACGAGGUGGAGAAUGAGAGACUCAAUACAGAGAACGGUGGUUCUCAGGAACAGCGGCGGUCUUGUCUUCCCUCCCCCAGUCCCAAUACCAGCAACAUCAGCCUGUGGAACAUCCUGAAGAACAACAUCGGGAAGGAUCUGUCUAAAGUAGCCAUGCCUGUUCAACUCAACGAGCCGCUCAACACACUGCAGAGACUGUGUGAGGAACUGGAGUACAGCGAACUGCUGGACAAGGCUGCACACACACAGGACCCGUUUGAGCGCAUGGUGUACAUCGCUACAUUUGCUGUGUCCAGCUAUGCUUCAAGUUACUACAGAGCUGGAGGAAAACCCUUUAAUCCAGUGUUGGGUGAGACCUACGAGUGUGAUCGUCCAGACAAAGGCUUUGGUUUUGUGGCGGAGCAGGUCAGCCAUCACCCCCCCAUUACUGCAUGUCAUGCCGAAUCUAAAAACUUCAUCUUUUGGCAAGACGUGAGGUGGAGGAAUAAGUUUUGGGGAAAGUCCAUGGAGAUUGUACCUGUAGGAACUACUCACGUGGUUCUCCCUGGGUGAGUUCUUCAUUUUUGUCUGUUUGUUCAA